CUCUGCCGAGACAAACCAAAAAAAAAAAAGUGACUGACGUUCUCGCUUGGUAUCUGCAUCCCACCAAACCUCACCUUACUUGACCAACAACGCCCGCCAAAAUGAGGACCAAGCGUGCGAACGAGGCCAAGGAGAUUGACGAGAACUCUCCCGUGGAGGGAGUCGACGUUCCCGCGAAGAAGCGCAAGCGCACAGCGGAAGACGACUCUGCUGUGGACGGAACGGUGAAGAAGAGCAAGAAGGACAAGAAGGACAAGAAGGACAAAAAGUCCAAGAAGGGCUCCGAGAGCCGCAAGGAGAGGAAAGAGAAGCGCAAGGACUUGCAGGACCUCCCGGAACAAGAUGACGAAGCCGAAGACGAGCAAGCCAACGAGAAGGUUGUCGCGACCGAGGCCGUAGUCGAAGACACGGACAAGGCCAAGGCCAAGGCCGAGAAGAAGGCGGCCAAGAAGGCUAAAAAGGAAAAGAAGGCGGAAAACAAGUCGAAGAAGGAAGCUGGCGCUGCCAACGGCGAGACGACCGCUACCAAUGGAGACGAGGCCAAAGCUGCUGCUGCUGCUGCUGCUGGCAAGGAUGCCAUUGACCUUGACGCCAGCACUGCAUCGAAAGCUGACCGACACAUUGUCUUUGUGGGCAAUCUUCCCUUCUCCGCCACCGCCGCUUCGAUAUCGGCUCAUUUCUCCUCCCUGAGCCCUGUAGCAGUGCGCUGCUUGAAGAACAAGGGCGACGACAAGCCGUGCCGAGGCAUCGCCUUUGUAGAAUUCGGUUCCGGAGCGCACAUGAGGACGUGCCUCGACAAGUUCCACCACUCCAUGUUCGACGAUGGCAAGAGCGCUCCCAGGCAGAUCAACGUGGAAUUGACCGCUGGAGGUGGCGGUAAGGGCCAGAACCGCAAGAACAAGAUUGACGAGAAGAACGUCAAACUGGACGAAAACAGGGCCAAGAGGAUCGAAAAGGAGCAGACUGCCAAGACGAACAAGGCCAAUGGCACUACUAAGCCGGAGGAGAAGAAGCAGAAGCCGGAGGCGGACGAUGGGAUACACCCCAGCCGCAGAGGCCAGAUGACCUGGAGGAAGUGAGGCGAAAGGUUGCGCACCCAAUUGUGUUGGAUAUAUCUUUGGCUGGCCUGUAGCAUGCUAUAAUAGACUUGUACGGCGUUUCUUGAUUUCGCGAUGAGAAUACAAAAGGCCAAAUUCAUUUCUGUUUAUAGUCAUGUCUUGCCAUUGAUGAUAGACGCCACGACCAAUGCAUGUUACUCAUGAGAUCUUGGUAUCAGGCCAUCGGUAGUCUAUACAGUAACCCUCAAAGCCGUGCCUG